CUUUCAUCAACAGAACUCUUCGAAUUGAAAACCCCGAACCGAAGGGUUUGUGAGGUUUUUUCUGUCAGUAGUGUUAACGACAUGUCGGAGGGCGGCAGCGGCGGAAUCUCCAAGCGAGCUCACACCGAGCUUUUCGACGGCGACAUCAUUUCGGAGAUUCUGGCGAGGCUGCCAGUCAAACCAUUGAUGCGAUUUCGGUGUGUAUCCAAGUCAUGGAAUGGUUUAAUCUCCGAUCCUUACUUCACUAAGAAGCACUUGCGCUACUCAGAUUUGGGCAUCACCGAGAGCACCUCCAGGGUCCUCUACACAAUGGACCCUCCGCAAUCUCUAGACCAAGAAGCACUCAAGGAUUUGAAGAACCACAGUGAUGGCUAUUUUGCCAACAGAAAGCUUGAUAUUCCGGUACUGUUCCCCCGCGGUAAUCAUUCACUCCUUGGUAUUUGCAAUGGUUUGAUAUGCAUUUUAGUCCAAGAAAAUUCAGGAUUUCAGUUUAUGUUAUGGAAUCCAUGUACUAAAUACUUCAAGAUGUUCCCGAAAUACUUAUGCGAACUCUGGUUUUGUGGGUUUGGCUAUGAUUCUGCUACUGAUGAUUACAAGGUAAUAGUGUGGAGUGGAAUGUGUAAAGACGAAACCCCCAUUCAUGUGUUUUCUCUAAGAGCUAGUUCAUGGAAGGUGCUCCCUAGUACCAGUUUUAGAGUAUGUGGACGUCAUGGUGCCUAUUUGAAUGGAGCUUUGCACUGGAUAGAAGAGAAUAGACGAACAAUCUUGUCUUUUGAUUUGGAGGAGGAGAAGUUUCAUGACAUGAUUCCCUUACCUGAUGCUGAUAUUAAGUUUCACAGUCUGAGGGUGGUCGAGAAUUGUCUUUGUCUGUUUAAUCACACAGUUCACCAGGAUGUGGUUUGCACAAUAUGGUUGAUGAAGGAGUAUGGGGUCAAGCAAUCUUGGACUCAAGUUAUAAGGUGUCUCAGAAAGGAUUUCCCUGAAGGCUACCGACAUGUGUUCAUGCAGCCUAUAUGUUUUCUAGAGAGUGGAGAAGUUUUGAUUAAUGAUCUUUGUGCGCGUUUAUUGGUGUUAUAUGAUCCGGUGGAAAAAACAUUCAAGAAUGUUACCAGAAGGGCUGAUCCAUAUGGUUGUGGAGCUUUGAUUUACAGAGAGACUUUAGUUUCACCAGUAACGGACAAUGUUGCAGGCAUCUGAAGUCACUGUUGUGGUGAGUCUUAUAUUUUCUUUUGUUGGUCAAGUAUUUUUGGUCCGUGUGCAAUGCUUCUAAAUUAUGGUAAUGGUGGAUUACAUUUGCAAGUAGUUUAAUGAAACUCAACACUUUACAAAACUUGAUGGUUACCCAUUGAGAGAUUUACCAAGGAAUGGAACUAAUUAUCAGCUGAUAUCUCUGAAUCCACACACAAGCUGCCUAGCUAGAAAGAAAAAAAAAUUAGCAUCGGUUAUGUAGUGAAUGGAAUAUGGUUUUGCGCAGCUAAAUUUUUUAUCAACACUACCCUAUGUCACGCAUAACUGUCAUUUGCCUAUACCUUUGCUAGAUUGCCAAAAGGCUAUGCUGUAUAAGCAUGUAUACCCUACUUGUGUCAUCUCACUCUAAAAGUCAAAAGAUCCAGCCCUGAACUGAUUAUACUGACUCGCUUUUGUUAUUCCGAAUCGCCUUUUGUGUUUUUUUAGGGCGUAUUUUGGUGUAUCAGAUCCACAACCUAAAGCCUUUAACCAUUUCUGAAAUUCUUAAUUUCUUAUGUUAAACACAAGCUGUAGGGCUAAUCUUCUCACCUGCCACAAGGAUAUCACUAUGAGUUAUGAAUCUCUUUUAAAUAAGGAAUUGCUUUCUGGUUACUAUUUCUAUAGAGUAUGUAUAGACACGCAUGACCAUAAACAAAAGAAUCCAGAAGGCAAGGAAUCCAGUGUCAGGUCGAGGUGGGAGUCUGGAUGCCUGUGAGGCAUGCGUUUUCUUUCACUUGAAAGCAAAUUCAGAGAUCCUAGCAGAUCAAGUAGCUGUCAUUCCUUAGCUGAAGUUCUCAGAGCUAUGUAUUCUUAUGAAUAGCAUGUGUAAACUCAAUGCUGUAAUAGAACUAUCAUUUGGGUGUUUAUAGAGCUUUGUAUCUGAUUCUCAACUGAGAAUCUGAUAUAAUGCAU